AUGGUUUUCCGCUUCUCUGCACUUAUGACAGAUACCAAGGACAUUUUGCAUAAUUCAACCACUUCUCAGCUUAUCGUGUUGCAGAUCAUCCGGCAAUACGUUCGUGAGAGGGGUGGGUACGCCGAAUGGACACCUGACAAUAUUGACCCCAACGUGCUCGCAUGGCUGAAGCAGAAGAAAUUCGGCACGGAUGACAUCCGUCGACUGGAGGCAUCAGCAGAGUCUUUGACCCAAGCUCUUCUUCUACUUACACACCUAGUACCCAGAGCUCCUAUCAAAAGAGCCGGGUCCAUGAUUCCCCGCUCGAAGCAGCGCAGACACACUGUCUUUGGCACAGAAAUAACGGCCAGGGUUCGCCUAUUGUUGGACGAGGUAUUGGGCCGUGAUCGCCUGGCCAAUAUACCAUCGGGGGAUAUCUCCGUAUGGCCCUGUAUCGGCCUUGUAGAUCGAGAAACGGUCGAGGUCCAACAGGAGCUUGAGCAAGACCGGGUCGAGGCUGCAGAUAUUGCCGUGGGCGAUGGGAGCAUUGCUCAAUUGCGGCUUUCGUCCCAAGACAGACUCGUUGAGACGAUGCAAGAUGUCAUUUCUAACCCAGCCUCCCCGACACCAAGAAAACAUACCGUCGUUUCAUGA